AUACUUCUCUAUUCACAGUGCAAUCCAAUCAGAAUGUGGUAGAUAACUUGAUUGAGGCAGAAGAAGCUCCAUCUUUGGAACCCCAGGCUGAAGAACCCCUCUCUCCCCCUGCCGCUGCGCCUGUUGCUGCCGCUGCACCUGUUGCUGCCACGGUUCCUGUUGCUGCCGCUGCGCCUGUUGCUGCCGCUGCGCCUGUUGCUGCCACGGUUCCUGUUGCUGCCGCUGCGCCUGUUGCUGCCACGGUUCCUGUUGCUGCCGCUGCGCCUGUUGCUGCCGCUGCACCUGUUGCUGCCGCUGCACCUGUUGCUGCUGCUGCCGCUGUUCCUGAACAGGAAGCUCUGCCUGCUGAGCCUAGUGAGCCAGCAGAGGAAGCUGUGCAGGAGACUGUCACAGCAGGUGAAAAGGAGACAACUGGGAUUGCUGAGGAAGAGAGUGAGAUGGUAGCUAUAACUGAAGAUGCAGGUGCAGUUGAAAAUGCUGUUGUAACUGAAGCCAGUGAAGGUGCUGCUGCAGCUGAAACAGCUGAUGAAGGUGACAAACCUAAAAUAGAAGAGAAGGAAGCAGUGGUGGCUCAGGAGAAAGUCAGCAGCAUCCCUUCACUAGUAAUAGAGCCAGCAUCAAACAACGAAGGGGAGGGAGAGGAGCAUGAAGUCAUAGUGAAUGAAUCCGAAGAUGUUGUGGAAGACGUUGGCACUCAGGGCAUUGAAAGUGAUGCCAGUGAACCUUCCCAGGUUGUAAGUGAGCAGAAAACCAUUGAAGAAAUCCAAACUACAUCCUCUGAAGAACCGCCUGUGUCAGCGGAUGAUGCAGCCCAUGGAAUGCCACCUGGCUUUCUCUUUAAGGUUGAAGCGCUACAUGAUUUUGAGGCCGCUAAUACUGACGAACUUAACUUAAAACGAGGAGAUACUGUACUAGUAAUCCCUUCUGAGGCCACAGAUGACCAGGAGGCUGGCUGGCUGACAGGCAUUAAAGAAUCGGAUUGGCUGCAGUACAGAGAUGCAGUAACCUAUAAGGGACUUUUCCCAGAGAACUUCACAAAGCCCUUGGAGUAGUUCUCAGCUCAGGCAUAACAGUGUUAUAAGAAGCUCAGUCAGUAGGUUUUUAAAUCUCUUUGAAACACAGGAACCCACUUUUGUAGUUAAACUGCUAAUGGUUUACAGACUGGUGCCAGACAAAGCUUGGUGAAACAUAUCAAAUGAGCAUGAAUGCAAACAGUUAAGUUAGCAUCGUCUGAAGCAGUAUAUGAAAAAAAUGUAUUAAGAGAAAUGUCCCUAUUCGUUCACACGUAUGUGGCAACAGGUUUGUUUGUGCGUUGUCGGAGCUAUGGUGAUCCUGUAUUUGAUCCUUUCCCAUGAAAUCUAAAAUUAGCCUCCUCACUACGAGAACCUUAACUUCUCUGCACUAAGUGUAUUGUAUUGACUUGCUGCACUACAGAAGAUUUUAUUAGUAAUCCUUUAGUAAUGAGGUCAAAUUAUUAAGUUACGUGUUUAAAAAAAUGAACUGCUGCAAAGUUUUUCAAUGUUUUUUUGAACAUAUAUACACAUAUAUGCUUGUGUGUAUAUAAGUGCAUACAGAUACAUAUGCAUUAACAUGUUACCCUCCAUUGUAGUUCUUUGACUCUGUAGUAUCAUUAAUAGAUGCAUUGCUCUUACAAGGUCUGGCAUUACAGUAAAUAGCUUUGUUCCAAAACAAAGCUAGCUGCUCCAUUGCCAAAACAUUAUACAGUAUCUGUGUUUGUAAUGUGAAAUUUUCAUUCUGAGAUGAACGAUUAUAACUAUCACAUUCAAAGCUGCUAAAACAUUGGAAGGCAUGGCUCAGUCUCCUCUAUUUCUAGCUGCAAUAGUUUGAGAUUGUGUGGAUAGAGUGGUUAUAAUGCUAAUCUAUACUUUAAUUGGCUGAAUUAUGAAAACAAAAAAUAUCUAAGAAGGACAAAAACAAACAAUAUAUUUUCACUAUAUGUAUUUAUGCAGCACACCUUCACAGAUCCUUUUAAAAUAAGGUAUAUAAUGUAUCCUGUAUCAAGAAAUCAUCUGUAAACUAUUAUGUUUUUCAGUGUUGUGUCAUUCAAAAUAAACCUUUGAUCCAAAAGAA